UAUUACUGCAAGACAUUGUGUAUAAUUACAUUUACAACUCAGGUUUUAUAAAGUAUAUGUUGUUACAUUCAACAUUAGAACUAAAACUAUAAGUACAGGUAAAUGCUAGCAACACACUCUCUAUCAUUACCAUGGUUGUUGGCGAUACAGAAACUAUGAUAUUAUAUAAGCAUAACAAUUGGAUUACUUUACUGCCUUAACUAAAAACCAUAUCUUAUAUGAUGGAGAAGUUGAAAAUUGGAAGCUCAAUAAGCAAGAUCAAGGUCAUCGGCGCAGUGCUGUCCAUCUCUGGAGCAUUAGUUGUUACCCUUUAUAAGGGUAGUUUUAUCAUCACCUUUCGAAUUCAACCAUCUUUGUUGGAUGAAACCAGUAACUGGGUCAUUGGGGGUCUCGUAUUUGCCAUUGCCUCUGUUUCUUUUGCAGCCUGGAAUAUUACUCAGGCAGUAAUUCUGAAAGAAUAUUCAUCUCAAUCAACCAUAAUAGCCUACUAUUGCCUGUUUGGAACCAUCCAAAGUGAAAUACUUUCUCUCUUUGUAGUCAGAGAUUCAAAUGUAUGGAAAAUAAGCCCCAACGAUAAGCUCAUCUGUAUAUUCUAUUCAGCUAUUGCAGGAAGCGCGGUGACAUUUUCUGUAACGGCAUGGUGCAUAAAAAGGAAAGGACCUGUAUUUGUUAGCAUGUUCAAGCCUGCAGGGAUUGCUAUUGCUGCCUUUUCGAGUGUUGUCUUCCUUUGUGAAACACUCCAUUUUGGCAGUGAUAAUCGCCAUCGGACUGUACACAUUAUUGUGGGCACAAUCAAAAGAGGAAAACGCAGAAGACCUCCAAGUUGAUAGAAAAUCAUCCCCAUCUGCCCAAGCGAGUCCUCUAUUAGAGUCCCACCAAAGAAACGUUUUAGCAUAACCAAACGGAUGACUACGUUCAUCUUGGCCAAUUUUAUUCAAGUAACAGACACCAAUGUGGUGAAAGAAUCUUUAUUUUUCUGAAAAACUUUGUUGCCAAUCUAUAGUUCUGUUUUGCACUGCCUGCUCUGGUAUAUAUCACAUAGGUGAAAAUAAUAGAAACUCUUUACAUUGCUCAGUUCCCUCAAAA